ACUGACACUGUUGGCAUGUGACCUAAGCGAACUAAGCACGGGAUUGGUAGAGUAUCUCUCUUUUAGAACAUCCAUGGUCAGGUGAUACAUCAGAGGGCGGAGUCCAAUCGAUGAACUGCAGAACAUGGACAGUCACUAGCACCGGAGACACUAGUUUAGAAAUGUAGUUAGUGCUUUACAGAUGUUAAACAUGUACCUAGCGACCCUGCCUUCUCUUUUUCAACGAUGACUUACACUCGGGUGAACGGAAGCGCUAUUUUUCGAAAGAGUUGACCUGGUUUGACAGCCUAGCCUUCUAUGCUGCUAUUAUAGUUUGUUUACCAACAGUAGCCAUCUCAGUUACUAAAACAGUGAGAGACCAACCAGCUAGCAGUGGGCUUCUAGAUUAGCUGUAAAGCAUGGAUUACAUUUUACAGGUAAAGAUAGGCGCCCUCGUGGGAUUGCUGUUAUUGACACUCUUUUUCGGAUUCAUUCCUGCUCGGAUGGCAUGGUUUCGAGAGACCAGUGGAACGGAGACUCAUCGGGCGGUGUUGAGCUUCAUCAGCUGCUUUGCGGGGGGAGUCUUCCUCGCUGCGUGUCUCCUGGACAUAAUCCCAGACUACCUGUCUGACAUCUCCACCGAGUUUCAGAGGAGAGGGCUGGACACUGAGUUCCCCCUGGCGGAGUUCAUCAUGGCGUUGGGCUUCUUCACCGUCCUCAUCCUCGAGCGGCUGGUCCAGACCUGCAGUAGGCCGCGGAGUGAGGAGCGGCAGCCCCUCUUAUCCAAUCACAGCUCUGGACACGGCCACAGCCACGGCCAGGCGAUCGGCCAUAUUAACGAGCUGGAGGGCAGCGCUGGCCAUCACGUGCACAUGGACCUGCAGGCCCACUCCUCGUUCCGCUCCUUCAUGCUCUUCCUCUCCCUCUCGCUGCACUCUGUGUUUGAGGGGCUGGCCAUCGGCCUCCAGACCACAGAGUCAAAGGUGUUGGAGAUCUGCAUCGCCAUCCUCGUGCAUAAGAGCAUCAUCGUGUUCAGUCUGUCGGUGAAGCUGGUGCAGAGCGCCGUGCCGCCUCUCUGGGUGGCCGCCUACGUGCUCGUCUUCGCCCUCAUGUCACCGCUGGGCAUCGGCGUGGGCAUCGGCGUCAUGGAGGCCCGGCUGGCGUCCGGGGCGCUCAUCCAGGCCGUGCUGGAGGGGCUGGCGGCGGGCACGUUCAUCUACAUCACCUUCCUGGAGAUCCUGCCGCACGAGCUGAACUCCCCCGAGAGGCAGCUGCCCAAGGUGCUCUUCAUCCUCAUCGGGUUCAGCGUCAUGGCAGGACUCUGCUUCAUGGGCUGAGACGCACAGAGGAAAAGUCCUAAAAAAAUGAAAGACAUUAAAAGUAAGGACAGACAGACUGAGAGAGAUGAAAGGAUAGAAUGAGAAGAUUUUUAACGCUAUAUCCCUACUCCUUUUCCGUUGUGAGCGCUGACUUUUGGUGUUGGCAUGCUAAGCAUGUAUCUACAUCCUCUUAAAUCAUUUCACUGAGGACGUGAGCUUCUCAGGAGCAGACAAAAUGACAGACUGCUGAUGUUGUUUGGUAGAUGUGCACUCAAAAGGAGAGGGAUGCAGAAAAGUAUUCCUAAGGUACUGACACUGGGCUGCUGUCCAUGAAGGCUGAUUUGCACAGGAAGGAGAUUUUUCCUUUGAUACAAGGCAGUGAGAGGAAGUGCAUGUUGGACAUGUACAUUUGGAUGGCUGACUAGUAGGAAGCUUGAGUCUGCUUGUCUUCAUGGAAGAGCAUUGGGUCAUAUUGACUGAACGGAGAGCACACAAGUCAAAUCAGACUCCCUCAAUCAGCCUUCAGCUCACUUCAGUACAAUGGCAGUGGUUUCUGCAUUUUAACAUCUCCUGUCCACACUGUGAAAAAGCCAUCACAGCUUUUAUAAUUCUUAAAGUUCCCUUUUUACAUUUUUUUUUAUCUUUGUUUAUGUUCUUAUUUGCCAGUCAAGACUCUAUUAUCAAUGUUAAAAGUGAGUUAAUUAAUCUAAUUUUUACACGCUUUUUAAACUGGUUUGAAGGAGAAUCAAGGACCCUAAUCUUUCUGAGGUAAUUUUGUUAGGUGGUGCCAACAACUGUGGAAUAUGUAUUGACUUUUAAUAGGCAAUGCCUUUCUUUCAUUUAAAUGGCCAACUUCACAUAUUUAUUUAUGACUCUCUGUACACUGUGCCUUUUGCACUUACCCACUGACUCCUGGAGACAGAUGGCUUAGGAAGAACUGACACUGGAACUGGCACGUGGAAUCUCAGGUGGUUUCCUGGGACUUUUUGAAUCGGUCUGUGUGGCUAGUGGAUCAGUCACGUUUGCUACGGAACCUGUGUAUUGUCAGUCAGCAGGUGACGGGUGGUUGCCACACAUGCCCAAAUCUAGCGUUCCUUUAAACCUCAACUUUUUUUUUUAAAAGUCUGGUUCAUGAACCACUCGAGAAGUGUUGCAGUUGACCUAUGAUUAGUGAUUUAAUUUGGGUUUUCAAGAAAUACAUGUCAUUAUUGGAGCUUGACAAAAAAAAAGUAAUUUCUAAUGAAAUGUUGUUUUGUAUUCAUGAUUUUUUUGUAUUUCUCAUAUGAAUCUUUUAUUGUGAAGUGCCAUUCAACAAACAUAUCAGAACAAGCCAACUGUGCCAAUGGUGGGGGUGAGUUUUACUCUUCAGCAGACACUCAGAAGAGGAGUAUGAUUGGUUCAAGAAACACACAGCGGGAAAUGUAUUACACUGUCAAAUAUGCCAUCCAUUGACUGGACCUUUGCAGCAUUCUUCUAUGGUGUGCUAUUGUGGCAUGUGGCCCUGAUGCCUAAACUGAGAGUCGUUUGGGCUUGCUUAUGCCAACUCUGUACCACCUCCUCUCAGUAAUAAAAGCAUGGCCAUGCCUGUAUCAAACCAA